AUGGAUAAUGAUUUGCAUAAUACAAUAGCAUGCCUUCCGUGGCAAUUCGAUUGCCAAUUUGGGAGCCCGAAAUGCAUUUCCAGAGCAAAAUUAAACGAUAAGAAGAUUGAUUGCUAUUCUGGAUUUGAUGAAGGCUGCCCUGCACAUUUUUUCGUGUGUCGCGACCGUAGUCACUGUAUUCCGCCGUCUAAAUUCCUCGACGGUAAACCUGAUUGCAAUGACAAGUCGGACGAGCCAUGCCCACAGAACCAAUUUCAAUGUGCAAAUGGUUCGAAAUGUAUCGACAAAUCACGAUUUCAAGAUGGCAAAGAAGACUGCUCGGAUGGCUCCGACGAAGAAUGCACGGCAUCGCAGUUCUCGUGCGCGUGCGGCGCGGUUCGUUGCGUCUCGAAAUCGGCAAUUUCGGACGGUUCAUGGGAUUGUGAAGACGGUUCUGACGAAUUGGUGAACAUCACCUCGAAUAGCCGAGAACAAAAAUGCGCGGACGGGACAUUGCGAAGAAUCGGGAGCAAUUCGCUCUCGAUAGGGACCAUUCAGCUGUGCUCAGCGGAGAAUCCAUGUAAAAAGGAGCUAGGGCAAAUAUGCAUUGUGAUUGGUGGAACUUGGCGUUGCGUAUGCAAGUUGGGUACUGUUCGGCCAUUAGGCUCUGCUAAAUGUGUUCCGGUGGAGCUCCUCCAGCGAUACAUGAUGAAUCCUAUAACAAAUUGCUCUGAGCUCAACGAGGAUCUCCAAUUACAAUUUGGAACCUUAAAAGAUCUUCAAAUCGCGAGAAUUUAUUCGAAAAAACCGUCGGAAAUCCGUCGAGCACCGGUUCGAACAAUUUCUCGGACUACGCUUCCUGAUAAUUCGGAUGUUGAUGGGUUUUUGGAAAGCGGAAAUGAACGAAUUCCAUUUAUGUUCAACAGCGACGCAAUUCCUGAUGAAGUAAUCGAUAGUUAUGGAACUGAGCCGAGUUUUCAACUCGAUGAGCCUCAAUGUGAUCCGAACGAUAAGAAAUCAUGCGAUAAGGGAAUGUCGUGCCAAAUGCAAAUCGACGGCGUUUUUCGAUGCGCAUGCAAUCAGAACUCGAUAUUCGCUAAUGGAACAUGUACAGAAUUGAUUGAUGAAUGCGCAAAAAAUCUUCACGAUUGUGAUCGAAAUGCAAAAUGUGUCGAUGCCGCGAUCGGUUUCGAAUGCCUUUGUCGAGAAGGUUACUUGGAUACUUCAAUUGAGCCCCGCCAACGACCUGGAAGGAAGUGCUUGAAGCUGGUGAAUGAGUGUGCCAGAGCAACGACAAAUGAUUGUGCACCAAAUGCGAAAUGCAUCGAUAAGCCAGAUGGGUACACUUGCCGAUGUCAAGAAGGAUUCAUUGAUAUAUCGUCGGGUGGAGCGCGAAAACCUGGAAGGAAGUGUACCAAAGCCAUCAACGAAUGCGCAAUGCGAACGGAUGAUUGUGAUAAAAACGCGGUGUGUCGUGAUCUGCCGAUCGGCUAUUCGUGCAGAUGCCCAUUCGGUUUCACUGAUAUCAGUCGGGACGCGACAAAGCCGGGACGAAAAUGCGCGCCGGCGGCCAACCCGUGCCAUGACUACUCGCUUCAUGAUUGCGAUCCGCUAGCAGAGUGCUUCUCGGAACAACCCGGUUAUUUCCAGUGCAAAUGCCCAAAAGGUUUCACCGACGUUUCGCCGGAUAAACGGUUUCCGGGACGGAAAUGUGUUCGAGCUGUCGAUGAAUGCUCGCUCGGCCGUCAUACGUGCGAUCCGCACGCCGACUGCAUCGACACCAGCGAUGGGUACACGUGCAAAUGCCGCAAUGGAUGGCACGACGCCUCCGUCGAUCCGCUCCGAAGUCCGGGACGUGUGUGUAAAAAAGCGGAUAUGUGCUCGAAUGUCGAUUGUGCCGCUGAAGCUGAAUGCCGCGAGACGCCGAUCGGACCAAUGUGCCAGUGUGUUAGCGGAUAUGUCGAUGUGUCUCGACAACAUGGACGACCGUCUGGAAGAGUCUGCCGUGCUGUCGUCAAUGAGUGCGCCGAGGGCAAACACGAUUGUUCGCCGCAUGCGUCCUGCAUUGACACGGCUGACGGAUUCACGUGUCGUUGCUUCGACAAUUACCGUGAUGAGAGUCCGGAUGCUUUCAAGAAGCCUGGAAAGAUUUGCGUGCCGGCGGUGGUGCCUGAUCCGCCAGAGUGCGACGUUUCGGAUCCGAUGAGUUGCGACACGAGAAAGAGAGAAGUGUGCUUGUUCGUGAACAACACGUACAAGUGCCGAUGCGCCAGUGGAUACUCGCGCCUUCCUGAUGGAAGAUGUGUGGUGAUCAAUGAGUGUCAGCAUCCGAAAUUGAACACAUGCGGAAAGAACGCGGAAUGCAUCGAUUUGGCUGAAGGAUACACUUGCCAAUGCCGGAGUGGAUUCGCUGAUAUUUCGCCUCCAGGCCAACCAGGACGAAUUUGUCGCGCGCGCGUCAACGAAUGCAGCAACAAGGAAAAAUACAAUGUCGAUUGCUCGGAGAAUGCGAUUUGUGUGGAUACUGAUGACGCCUACACGUGCCAAUGCCGGCCGGGAUACGCCGACGUCUCCGCGUCGUUCAACAAACUUCCCGGACGUCGUUGCAUCGAAGCCAUCAAUGAAUGCUCGUCGAGAAGUCUCAAUGAUUGUUCGCAGAACGCGUUCUGCGAAGACGCCAAAGAGGGAUAUUUGUGUAGUUGCCGUCCUGGUUAUGUCGACACUUCUCCGAAUGCAACCCAUUAUCCGGGACGAAUUUGCACGAAACCUGUCGAAAAGAUAAGCACCACUCUUCAAGAAUCAUCAUUCUCUGUGGAUGCAUGCGAUCCGAGACAUCCGAAAUGUGGGCCGAAUGAGGUUUGCACGGAUCGCAACUCGCGCGGGCAGUAUUCGUGCGAUUGUGCCGACAAUGCGUUCCGUUACACCGACGGAAGCUGUCGGGUUUAUUCAGCGUGCUCGAAGAAGAAUGACUGCGAUCGCAAUGCGAUCUGCUUGAAUCGUUUCGACUCUUACACUUGCCAAUGUCGUCCUGGAUUCAUUGAUCUCUCUGAUGAUCUCGACAACAAACCAGGAAGAAAGUGCAAAGAAUUGAUUAAUGAGUGUGCAACUGCUGACAAUGAGUGCUCGCCAUAUGCGAAAUGCAUUGACGCAACUAAUGGAUACGCGUGUCAGUGUUUGGAUGGAUACAUGGAUGUGAGCAGCAGAUACGGAAAGCCGCCCGGAAGAAAAUGCACAAGCGUUAGCAACGAAUGUGCCGAUAAAUCGUUGAACACUUGCGAUGAAAAUGCGGAUUGUAUUGAUCAGCCGGAUGGGUAUACUUGCCAGUGCUAUGCUGGAUUCAUUGAUGUCUCAUCGAACGCCAACCUUCCGCCAGGAAGAGUGUGCACUGUUCAAACCACAUGCCCAAAACAGAAGACUGACUUGGUGUUCUUGAUUGAUGGCUCCGGAUCCAUUGGAUCCUAUGUGUUCAAGAAUGAGGUUCUGCGAUUCGUUCGCGAGUUUGUUGAGCUUUUCGAAAUUGGACGCGACAAGACGAGAGUUGCGCUCAUCCAGUACUCUGAUCAGAUUCGACAUGAGUUUGACAUGGACCAGUACACGACAAAAGCUUCUCUACUCCGAGGAAUCACUGAGACGCAAUACCUUACUGGACUCACGCGAACUGGCGCUGCAAUUCAGCAUAUGGUGCAGGAAGGAUUCAGCGAGCGUCGUGGAGCACGACCGCAGAACAACGACAUCGCCAGAGUUACGAUUGUCCUGACCGAUGGACGAUCACAGGAUAAUGUUACUGGACCUGCAGAAGCCGCGAGAAAACUGAACAUCAACACAUUCGCGAUUGGAGUCACCGAUCACGUUCUUGCCAGUGAGCUUGAAUCAAUUGCUGGAUCACCAAACCGUUGGUUCUAUGUUGACAAGUUCAAGGAUCUUGAUACUCGACUUCGAUCGAUGAUCCAGAAGGCGGCUUGUCCAUCACCAAUCAAGCAAGAGACUGCUCCUGAUGGUGUUUGCAAUCCGAGAACUCAGACGGGAUGCGAUCGUACACUCAACGAGCAUUGUGCUGUUGAGAAUGGAAGAGCGAGAUGCGUGUGCCCCGAAGGAUUCACAAGACAUCCGCACACAAGAGUGUGCGGAGGUGAUCUCUGCAAUCCUCAACUCAUUACCUCCUGCAUAUUCCCUGAAGAAUGUCAGAUCACGGAAUACCAGAACUACCGAUGCACAUGUCCAGAUGGAUACAACAGAGAUUACAGAAGUGGCUUCUGUGUGUCGAUCAAAGAAGUCCAUAUUGCUCCGCAACACGAUGCCGACUGUCAUAAUGGCGGAGUUCGGUGCUCGACGAAUGAGCAUUGCGUCAACGAUGGAUCUGCUUGGUACUGUCAAUGUCUGCCAGGAUUUGAGAGAAGCCGCUCCGGACAGUGCACCUAUCCAGGAUCGUGCAAUCCAAACGAUGAUAGCUCCUGCGACGUCCGCAAACGUGAGCACUGUCUGCCGCAUGGUAACAUCUACACAUGUCAGUGCGCCAGAAAUGAGAAGAGACACCCGAUCACCCAGAUUUGCUUGAAGAACGAAUGUCUGACUGGUGAGCAUGAUUGUGAUCGAUCGGCUCGUUGCAUUGACACUGAUGAGAGCUACAUCUGCGCUUGUCCAUCAGGAUUCAUUGAUCAUUCGCCGAAUCCGAUCGCGAAACCAGGAAGAGUGUGCAUCGCUGAGCAAAACGAAUGUCUCGAUGGAACUCAUCAAUGCUCGCCGAACGCGUUGUGCACCGACACUGAGAACGGAUACGUGUGUCGCUGCAAGACCGGUUUCGUCGACUACUCGCCGAACCCGCAAACGUUCCCGGGAAGAGUUUGCAAGGAGCUCGUCAAUGAAUGCCAAUUCGCGCACUUGAACACGUGCUCGAGAAACGCGCACUGUAUUGAUACGAUUGAGAGUUAUUCGUGCAUUUGCAAGCCGGGAUAUGUCGAUCAAGAUGAAUUCAGGAAUCCUGGAAGAACGUGCGAAAAAGUCAAGACGAACGACAAAUGCACGAUUGGAAAGAAUGAUUGCGAUCGAAACGCGAGAUGCAUUCAGAUUGGCGAUGAUGACUAUUCGUGCGCUUGCCCGCCAGGAUUCAAGGACAAAUCCCCAUCGCCUUCAAGACCUGGCAGACUUUGCAUUCCAGUCAUCCCAGAAUGCGACAAUCCGACAUUGAACGACUGUGACUCGCCGGAUCGUGCAAUUUGCACGGAUACCGAUGAUGGCUACAUGUGUCGAUGUCGACAAGGGUUCUUGGAUAUUUCGCCAAUGAUUCAGACGAAGCCUGGAAGACUUUGCAAGCCAUUGCAAAAUGAGUGCGCAUUGGAAAUCGAUGAUUGCGCAAGAGAUGGAGGAAUCUGCGAGGAUACUCCAGACGCGUUCACUUGCCGUUGUGCCAUGAACUACCUCGACGUCUCGUUCGACCGAGUCAAUCGGCCGGGAAGAAAGUGCAAGAGAUUGUUGAAUGAGUGCGAGACCGGACAGAAUGACUGUAGUCCUGAUGCGAUCUGCACAGACACUGAGGACAGUUACAUCUGCGCGUGUCCACAGACUCACAUCGACUUGUCUCCAGAUACUGUCAACCGACCUGGACGACGCUGCUUGCUCAGAAUCAAUGAAUGCGCCUCGAACAGGCAUGAUUGCUCGCCGAAUGCCGAUUGCGUUGACACGCCAGAUUCAUACAAAUGCAAGUGUCGCGACGAUUUCGAUGAUGAGUCUCCUGAUAAACAUCGACGACCUGGACGCAUCUGCAGGCCGGCUCUUGUCGACGAAUGCCGCACCGGAAAACACGAUUGCCAUCGAGAUGCGAUUUGCCAAGAUCUGCCGCAAGGCUACACUUGUCAGUGCCGUCUAGACUUUCUCGACAUGUCGCCACACCGCGCCAGCCAUCCGGGACGAGUUUGCCAGCCUCGACCAACACCGCCGCCACCCGAGUGCCGUCUCGAUGGCGGAAAUCAGUGCAAGGUGCAUCUCAACGAGGUUUGCCGCCUUAUUGGUGGCGAGCCGAAAUGCUCAUGCCCGAUCAACUACCAGCGAGACUCGACGGGAGCAUGUACGGUCAUCAAUGAGUGCCUGUUCGCUCAGCUCAACGAUUGUCAUACGGCCGCCGAAUGCAUCGAUCAGGUCCAGGGAUACACGUGUAGAUGUCGCGAUGGAUUCAAGGAUGUCGGUGAUCGUUCUAGACCAGGGCGAAUGUGCAAACCACUUGUGAAUGAGUGCCAAUUUCCGCAUCUCAACGAUUGCCAUCAGAAUGCAAGAUGCAUCGAUUUGGAGGAAGGCUACGAAUGCAAGUGUCAUCAAGGAUUCAUGGAUCACUCGCAUGGAAGACCCGGAAGAAUUUGCAAGCAGAUGAUCAAUGAAUGUGGGCAGCCAUCGUUGAACAUGUGCGAUCGCAAUGCUCGCUGCUUCGAUGAAGAGGAAGGAUAUCGGUGUGAAUGCAAGGAAGGAUUCAUCGAUGUCUCGCCAUCACCAACCCUCAAGGGCCGUCAAUGUCGACAGCUUGUCAAUGAGUGCGCAAAUCCAAGACUCAAUGAUUGCGACAAGAAUGCUCGCUGCAAGGACACAAUGGAUUCGUAUGAAUGUCAAUGUCCAGUCAACUCCAAGGAUAUCUCGCCAAGUCCGUCGUUCCCUGGAAGAGUCUGCCUUAUGUUCAUCAAUGAAUGCGAGACUGGUGCUCAUGAUUGCGAUCCGAACGCGAUCUGUCGCGAUAACGAACAAUCGUUCACGUGCGAAUGCCCAUCGGGAUAUCUUGAUCGCUCGCCGAACAAACUCAGCCGUCCUGGAAGAGUCUGUGUGAAGCUUGUCAACGAAUGUUUGGAAGGAAGACACACAUGCAGUGCCCAGGCCGACUGCCGAGAUUUGGAAGAAGGAUACACUUGCGAAUGCAAAGACGGAUACGUCGAUCGUUCGCCGAACAUGGCUUCUCAGCCGGGCCGCGUCUGCUCUGCUCCGGAAGUCUGCCCAUCGAAUCAUGAUUGCUCAUCGGCCGCGGUUUGCGAGCCACUCGGUGGAAUGAGAUACCAGUGUACAUGCAUUCAAGGAUACGUUGAUCAGUCGCCUAGCGGGCAGAAGGGUCGCGUGUGUGUUCGCAACAACGCGUGUCGCGAUCCGACACUCAACACCUGCUCGAGAAAUGCAAUCUGUUACGAUGAGCCAAGAGGAUACCGAUGUGAAUGCAAGCGGGGAUUCAUCGAUCGCUCUCCGGACUCGAAUCAACGCGGAAGGGUUUGUGAGCCGAUUCCGCCACCAACUCCGCCGCCGCGCCAUCCAUGCCAGGAUCCUGAGCGCAACGACUGCCAUCCAGCUGGAACAUGCCGAGCCACCGGUGCCCAAUCAUACACCUGCGAAUGUCUCGCUGGUUAUGCCGACAAGAGUCCAGAUCCGAGAAACAAGCCCGGACGGCUUUGUGUGCUCACCGAGCCGGUGUGCCUUGAUCCAACACAGAAUGAUUGUCACGCAGCCGCCAUCUGCAGCGAAGUCGAUGGUCCCGAAAAGUACACGUGUAUGUGCCGCGAUGGUUACAUUGAUGAAUCGCCGGAUCCACUCCGUAGGCCUGGAAGGCUUUGCCGUGAAAAGGUCAACGAAUGCCUCGAUCGAUCUCUGAAUGACUGCCACUCGUUGGCAACGUGCCAGGAUCUGCCGAAUGGUUACACAUGCCGUUGUCCCAUCACCACUAAAGACCAGUCUCCGGAUCCAAGAAAGCCUGGAAGAUUAUGUGUCCAACGCAUCAACGAAUGUGCGAAUCCAUCUCUAAACAGCUGCUCUGCAUUUGCUGAUUGCAUUGAUAAGGAGAAUGGAUACGAAUGUCGAUGCCGACAAGGUUAUCAUGACGAUGAUCCGACUCAUCCAGGACAUCGCUGCUCAUUUAUGAUCAACGAGUGCGAGUCAGCGAAUCUCAACGAUUGCGACAAGAAUGCGGUGUGCCGCGAUACACCCGGCGGGUACGAAUGCGCUUGCAAAUCGCCGUUCCGAGACGAAGGACCCCCUGGACAACCAGGACGCAUUUGCCGACUCAAUGAGUGUCUCAAUCCAAAUAUGAACAACUGCGAUCGUAAUGCCGAAUGCCGCGAUCUUGACAAUGGCUACACUUGUGUCUGCCGUCAUGGCUUCUACGAUCAAUCGCCGAAUCCGUUGGAGCCCGGACGAGUUUGCAUUGAGUUCCAGAUGGAGCCGAAGAUUGAGCGUGUCGAGGUCACGACAGUUCAACAUCAGCCGGUUGACGGAUUGCUGUGCGGAAGAGAUCAUUGUCUGAUCUCACGCGGCGAGGUUUGCAUCAGCGGAGAAUACUGCGGCUGUCGGCCUGGAGAAGGAAGAUCGUCGACAACUGGCAAAUGCCAACCAGUCGAUGAGACACCAUUCCAGAUUCGUGUUGUCACGAGAGAUCAACGGCCAUUGAUGUAUUCUAGUGAAUAUGGAUCCAACAAGAACGCGCCGUAUGUGGAGAUCGUCGAGCUUUUCCAGAAGAACAUGGCAAGAACGUUCGGCGGAACAUCGUUCGCUCCGAGAUACGUCAACACCAAGGUCGACUACAUCACUCAUCCGAAGACUGUCAACAGCUCUUGGGAUCAAGGACUGUUGUUCAAGUACGAGGUGCAAACAACGAAGAGCCCGAAUCGGCCGAUUGAUGAGUGCGAACUCUGGAAACAGAUGCAGUCGUCUUUGGAUCGAACGAAUGGCGCGAUUGGUGGAGGAUCGCUUCGCGUCGCUUCCGAUACCGAGCUUCUGAAUCCGUGCAAACAACAAGAAGAAUGGGGCGAUUGCGGUGGAAUGAAGUGCAAAGAAGCCCUCGGUGAAGUAUGUAUUGCCGGAAGCAUUUGUGGAUGUCCGGAUGGAAUGAAACGCGCCUCAUCUUCGGACGUUUGCCGAGUUGUUGAGAGCUGGAAUGUGCCACUUUGGGUGGUUCGCGAUAAGGAGAAGCCGAUUGUCUACAGUGAAUCGUUCGAUAAUCCACAGACACCGGCUUACAAGACUUAUUCGACUAGAUUGGAGAAGGGAAUCGAGGGAUGCUAUCCACAUACUGAAUUGAAGAAUGCGUUCGUCACCGCUGAGGUCAAUGAUAUCAUGAAUCCUGUGCUAUUGAACGCUUCCUACGACACUGGACUCUUGUUCAACACCACUGUCCAUUUCCGUAAGGGAAUGGUCCGAGUUCCGUCCGAUGCCUACUAUCAGCUUGUCAAGUACAUCUCCGACGAGAACAACAAUGAAGUUGGAGAAUCGGAUCUCUACUUGAACCCGACGCAACCAAAUCCGUUCAAACCUUGCUUCAAGAACGACUGCGAUCCGCAUGGAAAGUGUAUCGAGACAUCGAAAUACAACUAUAAAUGCGAAUGCGGACCUGGAUACAGAGACAUGAACCCAUUGCAGCCAGGAAGGAAGUGUUUGCCUGUGCACGGAUUCAAUGAAUGCGAACGAAAAGAAGAUAACGAGUGCAGUGAGAAUGCGAGAUGCAUUGAUCUCGAGCAUCUCUACAAAUGCGAAUGCCUCCCAUCGUACUAUGACGCGUCGCCGGCCGGAUCAGUUCCGGGAUCCAUGUGUGUUCUUGACUAUUGUAGCGACGUCAACUUCUGUCCAACGAACACCACAUGCAAGAACAUGGAGCAGCAAGCGGAAUGCAAGUGCGAUCCUGGCUUCAUGGACAUCCGCAAAUCGGAGAAACGAACAAUGCUCGGACUCGGCGAUGACACGCUUUGUAUGCAUGUCAGAGAUGUUGAUGAAUGCGCCCUUGGGCUCAACAAUUGCUCGGGAGUUGCUCAUUGCAUCGAUCGCGCAGUUGGUUACACGUGCCAGUGUCCCGAUGGAUACAUUGAUGGAAAUCCGGAUGAACCUGGACGAGUCUGCGGAGCGCUUCUUUGCGAUCUUUGUAAUGCUCAUGGUGAUUGUGUGCACAAUGCGGCUACGAAUAACAUCACUUGCGUGUGCACUGACGGAUGGAGCGGAUCAGCUUGCCAGGUGGCGCCUUCCAACGCCUCCCUCGUGCUUCUCAUCCUGCUGGCAUUGCUCUUCCUUCUCCUCACCCUCUGCUGCCUUCUCUACUUCUGUACCAAAUGUCAUUGCUUCAAAGGACGAGGAUUGGCCGGAGCCAACGCGUUCGGUUAUCGACGAGGCGGCGCUUGGCCAUGGUCAACACUCGAAGGAUCGUCGUCAUCGGAAAGUGGUGCCGAGUUUUCAGCGAUGAGUGCUGCUGGAAACGAAUACUAUCCGGAUAUUGGAAUCCCGAGAGCGAAGCUGAAGAGCGGCGGAGUUGCGCAUGCUGUCGAAUCGAGAGAAGUUGCCAGACUUGAUCAAUAUCUUGAUGAAGGAGGAGUCAGAAUUCCACGCGCACAUCUGGCCGGUGGAGCGCACGGAGGAGGACAUGAUUCGUAUGAUAGCAUGUCGGAAGCAUCGUCGGAAUACACGAUCAAGGAAGAGAUUGAGAGAAAGGUUACCACCGAUGUCACAACCAAGGAAAUCAAGACGACGAAGACAACUGAUGCUGAAGGAAACACUGUGGUUACCACAUCGGAGACAUUGAUUCAUCCAGGAGAUCGAACAGUCGUCCAUGGAGGCGCUAGCGGAUUCCAGCAGCAGAUGAGCGGAUCAUCCUACGCCGGCGCUGAGUCCACCAGCUACGAGCAUGCGUCAUCGAGUGCGUCAGCAUCGGCCGCGCAAGCCAAAUCGUCAUCAUUCGUGAAUUCGGGCUACGCGACAAUUCGGCACGGCGACGAGCGGGAACGUGGCGAGAGUAUCGCCGAGUUCUCGAUUGGGCGUGCUCGCGGACCAUCAGAAGCGCAUCGCUUCGGGCAAAUGUCAUCGUCGAGUUCGCAGAAUCGCGAAAUGGAGGAGUACACAUCGGAGCAAGAGAUCAGUCAAUCCGACAUUGAGCAUGAAGUGGGCGAUGUGCACACAAGAGUCACCAAAUCGCAUGAUUUCGAGCCAUUCACGAACGGUGAAGCUGAACGAUUCAAAACAGAAAUGGUGAAGACGAAAACAUCGACAACAGUCAAUAAAUACUAA